AUCAAAUAGUUUCUGACUACAUAUAGGCCUAUCUUUAGAGUUUCCUCUGAAUCAAGUGUGGGACUGUUGACCUCGUAGCAGAGAUGAGAUGGCGUUAAAACUAUUGGACCCAAACUCCACUGCAUCACCAACAUUCUUCUCCACUGUAGAGAAUAUCCCCAAUGUCUCAGAGAACUCCACCUUCACUCGUCCAUAUCGUUACUCAAACGUCACCUAUGUGGACUUUUACCUGCAUGAGCCUUUGGUGUCUGCAAUCUUUAUAGUGUCCUACUUCCUCAUCUUUAUAGUAUGCAUGGUGGGAAAUGGAGUGGUGUGCUUCAUUGUGCUAAGGAGCAAGAACAUGCGUACAGUCACCAAUCUUUUUAUUCUUAACCUGGCCAUUAGUGACCUGUUGGUUGGCAUCUUCUGCAUGCCCACAACAUUGGUGGACAACAUCAUCACAGGCUGGCCUUUCGGCAGUUUAGUGUGUAAGCUGAGCGGGAUGGUACAAGGAAUAUCGGUUUCCGCCUCUGUCUUCACACUGGUGGCUAUCGCUGUGGACAGAUUCCGCUGCAUUGUAUACCCUUUCAAACAGAAACUGACUAUCUCAACCUCCACCCUCAUCAUUAUCAUCUGGGUUCUAGCCAUCUCCAUAAUGUCCCCAUCAGGUGUCAUGCUACAGGUCACCAAAGAACACAGUGUCUCCAUCUUGCUAAGCGACGGCAACACCACACAACCCUUCUACUGGUGCCGUGAAAACUGGCCUAACCAAGAAAUGCGCAAGAUUUACACCACAGUGCUCUUUACUAACAUUUACCUGGCACCUCUCACGCUCAUUGUCAUCAUGUAUGCCCGGAUUGGUAUCAUGUUGUUCAAGACAUCAAUGCCCACCUCUAUGAGCCAAGUCAGGACUUCAGGCUCUGGAUCAGGAAAGCAAGGCAGAUAUGAAAGCCGUCAGAUGGUGUCAGGAAAAAAGAAGAGGGUUAUUAAAAUGUUGCUUGUUGUUGCCUUACUCUUCAUCCUCUCAUGGUUGCCAUUAUGGACACUCAUGAUGCUAAGCGACUACGCUAGCUUGAGUGAACGGCAACAUCGGAUUAUUAAUAUUUAUGUUUACCCUCUGGCCCACUGGUUGGCAUUCUGUAACAGCAGUGUCAAUCCCAUAGUGUACGGGUUUUUCAAUGAAAACUUUCGCAAAGGUUUCAAGGCGGCCUUUAAACUGCAGCUCUGUACAACACAUUCGGGGGAAAGUAGGACCUAUUCACAUCGACUGCAGGGGAAUGCUGUACUUCCUGCCAAUUUGCCUGUGGAGGCUGGAGGUCCCCAACAGAGUCGCAUUCAAGGGCUGGUGUUGGUAGGAAAUGCGAGAAGUGUACGUGAAAACAGCCGGUCUUCAGGCAAGGAGAACAUGAAGGAACAGGACCUGAUCAUGCACGAUCUGGAGAACGUGUGA